ACUAUUUAAAAUGUUUGAUUCAUUCGCGCGCAAUCACGUGACUAUAUAAGUUCCUGUUCCCCAAAAUGCUUUGGCGCGUCCCUCCUAGUGCAUAUAAAACUGUUUACAUCAGCACGUGGCUUUAAUAGUAUCGUGUUAUUUGCAUUGAGUCUGUAUCAUGUGCAUAACCUCAAAAAUUCAAAUUUAUUAUUAUACGUAUUAAUAAUUGUACUUGUGCAUUUGUUAUUUAUACGCAUAUAAACUAUAAAUUAAUAAAUAAUCAGUAUUUAUACUUAAAACAGUCAAAAUGAGUGUUAAAAUGGGUUUAACAAAGCAAUAUUUGAGAUACGUUCCAUCCGGUAAUGUGAAUAUAAUAGCAAGUUCCCGGUGCAACGUGAUUUUUGUAAAAUUAGAAGGACAAGAAGGAAGAUACGUAGCAACAGGAGCAUGCGAACAUAUUAUUAUUUGGGAUUUAAAAUUAAAUGAAAAAGUACAAGUUUUAACCGGAGAAAAAACAAUAGUCACGCGUUUAGCUAGUUCACCAGACAAGCAAUGCAUUGCUGCUGGUUACGAGGAUGGUAUUAUUAAGAUAUUUGAUCUUAAAUCUGGACAGGAAGUUAGUAUAUUUGCUGGACAUCGUUCUGAAAUUACUACAUUAUCAUACGAUGAUUUAGGCCAUAGAUUAGCAUCUGGAUCCAAGGAUACAGACAUAAUAAUUUGGGAUGUAGUAGCAGAAACAGGAAUAUGUCGGUUGAAAGGACAUAAGGAUAUCAUAACUAAAGUUAUUUUUAUGUCUAAACAUAAUGUAAUUAUUAGUUCCAGUAAAGAUACAUUAGUCAAAUUUUGGGAUUUAGAUACAGAACAUAAUUUUCGAACUCUCGUGGGUCAUAGAUCAGAGGUCUGGAGUCUUGCAUUAACAAAAAAUAAUCAAUAUUUAAUUACUGGAUGUCAUGAUAAUGAACUACGUCUAUGGAAAUUGUUUUUCAUUGAUGAAGGAACUUCUGAAUGUGAUAUUAAUUUAGAUGCCUUAAAUAUCGAUGAAGACGAAACUACAGACAUGCAAAAGCAUCCUUUAAGAUGUAGUUGUGUUGGAAGUAUUUUAAGAAGUUCCAAAGGAAGAGUUGUUUCUCUUGAAGUUGAUCCAUCGCAAUCAAUACUUGCUUGUUACGGAACAAACAAUACAAUAGAAUUAUUUCAUUUCUUACAAGAAAGUAAAAUACAUGAAAAUAUGUCAAAAAGACUGAAAAAGAAACUGAAGAAGGCAUCUGAAAAUCCAGAUGAAGCAAAUACUCAAUUGCUUAAUGCGGCAAUUUUAAAAGAUGAAAUUAAACGUUUACCCCAAAUCAAAGUAUCUCAUAAAGUUAAAGGAUUAGAUAUGGUUAUGGGUAAAGGAAGUGAACUAAGGGUUUGCGUUGGAGUCGAUGAUAACUCUCUUGAUUUAUAUUCUUUAUUAGUAGAAGAAAAAGAAGAACCCAAAUGUUUACGUUCUAUAAAAGCUCAUGGACAUCGUACCGAUGUUAAAGUUGUAUGUUUCAGUUCUGAUAAUCUAGCUUUCGCCACAGUAAGUGGUGAUUCUAUUAAAUUAUGGAAUAGAUCUUCAUUAGCUUGUGUUCGUACGAUAGAAUGUGGACCUGCUUUAACAGCCACUUUUGUACCUGGUGAUCGAUAUUUAAUAGUAGGAUUAAAAGCUGGUACCAUGCUUAUAGCAGAUAUGGCGUCAGGUGAAAUUAUAGAAAAAGUAGAAGCCCAUACUAAGGAUCUUAGAAGUAUUACUUUAUUCCCGGAUAUGAGAGGAAUUGCAAGUGGUGGUGACGAUAAAAUGGUACAAUUCUGGAACUUUGAGCUUAUUACUGAUUUUGAUAGUACAACAGGUGCUAAAAUUUUAUCUGUGACACAUAGCAGAACUCUUAAACUAGAGGAGUGUGUAUUAUGUGUAAAGAUUAGUCCAAAUAAUAGAUUUGUUGCAGUUUCUUUAUUAGAUACCACUGUAAAGAUAUUCUUUUUAGAUACAUUUAAGUUUUUCAUAUCACUUUAUGGUCAUAACCAACCAGUUUUAUGCAUGGAUAUAUCCAGCGAUUCUAAUCUCAUAGCAACAGGUUCUUCUGAUCGUAACAUUAAAAUUUGGGGUUUGGAUUUUGGAGAUUGUCAUAAAUCAAUAUUUGCACAUGGUAAUUCCGUGACAGGACUUGCAUUCGUUCCCAAUACUCAUUAUUUUUUUACUUGUGGUAAAGAUGGUAAAGUUAAACAAUGGGAUGCUGACAUAUAUCAAAACAUCGUGACCUUACAAGGACACGCUGGUGAAGCUUGGACAUGUGCAAUAUCACCAAAUGGUGUUUAUGUUGUAUCUUGUGGAUCAGAUAAAGUAAUAAGAUUAUAUGAAAAAACUGCUGAACCUUUAGUAUUAGAAGAUGAAGCAGAAGAAGAAAGAGAACGUGCAGAAAAUGAAUUAAUUACUGGAGAAAUGUCUGCUGUACAAGGUCAAAAAUCCCAAAUAUUACCUUCAAGAAAAACUGUGAACAGUGAGAAAGGGGCAGAAUUAAUACUAGAAUGUUUAGAAGUGGUAAAAGCUUAUGAUGAAGAAUUAUCUAGAGCUAAAGAUUCUAAUGCAGUAGAAUUACCACCAUUGAUGCAAGCUUAUAAUUGUAAAACAAGUGAAGACCUAUUCUUAGAAAUUAUAAAACGUGUUAGAGCAAGUGAUUUAGAAGAAACUUUAUUGCUACUUCCAUUUACGAAUGCGUGUGAGAUUUUAAAAAUGAUGCCAAGAUUAUUGAAAAAUAAUUUUUACACAGAAUUAUUAACUAGAUUGACUGUUUGUUUAAUACAAGCUCAUAAUGGACCCAUCACAUCCAAUCAAAAUCUUUUAGAGACAUUAGAAACUAUAAAACCAAUUAUCUUUGAAAAGAUAAAUACAUUAAGGGAUACUAUUGGAUAUAAUUUACAUUGCAUGUUGCAAGUAAAACGUAAGCUAGAAGAAGAUGAAGGAGUACAGUUCUUUAAAGAUGCGACUCAAAAGAAAGAACAUAAAAAUAGAAUCAGAAAAAAUAAGGAGAAAGCUUUAAAAAGAGCAAUUAUGGCUUUAUAAUAUAAGCAAUAGCACUGUGCAGUCAUGACAUUGAAGUAGUGCCAUCUGCCAUAGAAUUAAAAUAAAAAAAACAUGUGUAUAUACGCAUACUAAAAUAUCAAGUCUAAUAAUAAUUGUGAUAUUUUUGUUACGUUUCUUUUAAUUAUUAUGAAAUAAAAAUAACAUAAUUAUUUAA